AUGGUACUUGUACUCUUGUCAAAGGCUCUGAAGCCGCUAAUAUGUUGCAUCGGCAAAUUGUCAUAUUUGGCCGGUGGGAUGGCGAUCACGAUUAGAGGGAAACAGGCCAGUCGGAAGGAGGCUCCCAUACUGGUGGUUGCCCCACACUCCUCGUUCUUAGACAGCUGUAUCGUGUACGCCACCAAGAUGUCUUCUGUCAUCGUAAGAAAGGAGAGCAUGGACAAUUAUGUUGGAAAGCUGAUAAACUACACACAGCCUGUGUACGUCUGGCGCGAUGAUCCCAACUCCAGACAGAACACCAUCAAAGAAAUCAUUGAGAGAGCUACUUCGAAGGAAGAUUGGCCUCAGGUGCUCAUAUUUCCCGAAGGCACCUGCACAAACCGCUCGUGCUUGAUAACCUUCAAGCCAGGCGGUUUUUACCCAGGAGUACCCAUACAGCCGGUCACCAUCAGGUACCCGAAUGCAAGGGAUACAGUCACUUGGACGUGGGAAGGGCCUGGCGCUUUAAAGCUGUUAUGGCUAACCUUGACGCAGGUGCACAGCUCCUGCGAAAUUGAAUUCCUGCCGGUGUACUACCCCAGCGAAGAGGAGAAACGGGACCCGAAGCUCUAUGCCAGGAACGUUCGGGAUGUCAUGGCCAAAGCUCUGGGCAUUCCCGUAUUGGAUUACACGUACGAUGAUUGCCGGCUCAUAGCUCGCGCUAAACAACUGGGGAUACCUGGAGGUACUUUGUCGAGAGAAGUGAACGAUAUCAGAAAUCAACUUGGUCUGGCCCGCUCUCAGAUCGAACUGCAUCUGGCGACGGGGACGCUUGGUGGAGGGGGCGGGGGCCCCCCGACGCAGUGGGUCAACGCAGAAGAGUUCACGCGCCGCCUCGGCGUGCCUCUGGACACGCGUUCUCAGAGACUGUUUGACAUAUUCGUAAAGAGGUCCAGUGGUCUGGUGUACUUCCCAGAUUAUCUUCUGUGUGCUGCGUUCCUUUCAUUGCAGAACGCGCCUCUGUCACAAUUAUUAUCGUACGCGUUCAAGGUGUGGGGCGGUGCGGCGCGGCGGGUGAGCUGUGCGCAGUUCGCGGAGCUGGCGCCGCGCUGCCUCGGCCUGGCGCGCACAGACGCGCUCGCCGCCUUCCGCGCCGCCGACCUGCACGACAGGGGACACCUCACCUACGAUGAAUUCAUUUCGUUUGCGGAGAAGAAAGCUGAAUACUCAUUCAUAUUUUCAUCAGACGCGACACACCAGAAGCCAAAGGCACAGUGA